AUGAAUGCGACGCAGAAAGACCGCGAACCAAUAUCUCGUCUACAUGGACUUCAGCAAACCAAAUCAUUCACGAAACCGCCAACCCGUAUUGAGGUCCCGGGAAAGAUACCAGGGCCGUCCAAAGUAAAGAGAGAGGGAUAUGGAACUAACCCGUUUGCCAAUGUCGGUUUUGUCAAGCCCAACGCGUCGAAGAAAGCCACACAUUCGAACCCUUCGACUUCCCGGCCGCCAAAGUUGCAAAGCCAGAUGAAGACUUCAGGCUCUCGUAACACGGACUCAGACUACGGUCUCUCGGGGGCAGAAAGGCCCGCGAAAAGGCGGAGGAGUGACAACACCCAGUCCAAUUCCUCUCCAGAGGUCAUAUACGUGUCAGAGGAUGAUCUGAAUAUAGUCCCCCAGUCUUCCCAGUUCUCAUCUCUCGAUGAGCCGUACACACCCCGCCCCAAUCCCCCUAAGAAACCACCAAAAUUUCAUAUUGCCCAGGACGGUCCAGCCACAGUCUCCUUGAUAAAUGAGGUUGAAGAAAUAGAAGACGAUCCCAUUGAAGACCCCCCCUCUCCCCAGCCCUCGAAGCGUAAACAACAGACAGGCAAUGUGAAGGAGAAAGUUCAAGUCUUCGAAAAUAUGGCCCGCAAGGCCCAACCUCGCCCGGACUUCAAUGAUACCAUGAGAUCCAAACGGCCUCCGCCAAUGCCUUCUGGUAAGAAUCCUUUUGUCAAGAGGGAGGAGAAGCGCACACAGGAAAAUGGCAAAAGGAAGAAAGCGCCGGACUUCCUUCCUGUCAAAGCAUUCUGCGCCGAGGACGAGGGUUAUAGGGACAUACCUUGCCGACUUUUUUGGGACGACAAGACACAGAAAUUCUCCUUGUCCUCGCUUUCCAACAACCUUCUUCUAUAUGACCUCGCUCUCGACCAGAUCAAAACAAUCCGAUAUGUCAGUCUUGACGACGCUGCAACAGCGGCCAAACCUACGGGGGCCAUCAUUAUAGUCAAUGAUGACUGUUUGAUAUUUGAUGAUGCUGACGACGAGUGGAGUGUCGACAGUUACAGGACGUUCAAGAAAUUCCUGUUCAAAUCAAAGGCUGAUCAAAGUUCCAUCAGCCCUAUGUCUGCUAAUAACCUAGUGCAGCAUUACAAGACAAUACCAGUAAACAGGAUGAAACCCUCCACGAAGGCAUCAACUGCGAGUGUCGGUCCCUCUGGACGUCCCCCAGAUCUCCCUCAUUCAGGGCAUCUUGUUGAGCCACCCUACCCGAGACCGAAGGCAAGCACUGGGAAGGCCAUACAGAACACCGCCGUUGUCGGCCCUCCAAGGCUGUCUGCCACGGAACAACUCGCAGCUGAACAAACUUUGCGGCGGUCUUCCAGACAGGCCGCGGCGUCCAGAGCCCAAGAGGAUCCAGAUGAAGUGGUUUUGGUCUAUCCUUUUAGUGCCCCUGGUGCGGUGAACAUCACAAACGCAGACUUGGCACGUCUGGAACCCGGAGAAUUCUUGAACGACACGCUGAUAGAGUUUGGACUGAAGCUGUGGCUUCAACGCCUGCAGGAAACGGAUCCAGCGCUCGCAGAGCAAGUUCAUGUCUUCAGUUCAUUCUUUUACAAGAAGUUGAACAAGAAAAACAUCGAGGAAGGUUAUAACAGCGUUCGGAAGUGGACUUCAAAGUUCGACCUUUUCAAGAAGAAAUAUGUCAUAGUCCCCAUCAACGAACACAUGCAUUGGUAUUUGGCCCUCAUAUUUGAACCGGAACAUGUACUGCGACCGCCCCCGCCAGCUUCAUCGACGUCUAAGCAAGAGGAUGAAGUACCCAGGGAGGAAGAGAAGACGGCCGGUCCUCGAGGGGACGACGUGGAAGUUGCAUCUGUCAGAGGUAGUGAAGCUGAGGUAGAAGAAGAUCUCACUGCUAACUUAACCCAAGCCUGCUCAAUUCAAGAUCCGUCGGAAGUCAAAGCUGAAGCGCCUCGAGUCAUGGAUGUUGAUGCUUCACCCGGCAAGCCUCCACCAUCGCCCACGCUCAGCUACGCAGACCCCGAUGAGAUUAUGAACGAUGCUUCCAAGCCUGGAGCAUCUCGCCUACCGUCUCCAAUGAGAGUAUCGCCUUCACCUGAAAUAGUGGAGACGUCUCGCAACCCAUCCCCGCCGAUGUCCACAACAACGGACUCUCACCCUGUUACAGAGGUUAACGACGAUGUUGAGGUUGAGGCAGAUGAUCUCAACAUUGGACCAUCGGGAAUCUCACCAGGCUCGUUCUACGGGAAAUCUUCCGCGAAACAGUACGGGAAGAAGAGGCCCGUGCCGAAGAAACGUCGGGUUGGUCGUAAGAGUGAUGUCCCUGCGGUCGUCACAGGUCCAUUGCCCAAUACGACGUACGUCUUCACCCUUGACUCGCUGGGGACACCACAUACGCAUGCGAGUAACCAACUGGCAAAGUAUCUCAAACUCGAGGCUAAAGACAAGAAGGGCAUCGAAACCGAGGUCAAAGUAAUUCAACGUCGGCAAGCCUACGUUCCGACGCAGCCAAACUACUGCGACUGCGGGUUGUACCUCCUACACCUCGCCCAAACAUUUGUAUCCAAUCCUCAGUUCUAUCUUGAGAAAUGCUGCACGAACGACAGGACGACGUCAAAUGCCCAGAGGCAGGAAGACUGGCACGAUCACAAGGUGCCAGAAAUGCGGCAGCAACUGCAACAGGAGAUCCGGAAGCUCUCUCAGGAGUGGCAGAAACUCAAGAAAGAGAGGCCGGAUCCCAAGGCUCAGGAUUUCAAGGACGAUUCCGAUGACGAUAUAAUCGAAUCGGUCGUUGUUGCUCCAACCAAGAAGAAAUCGGCACCAGUUCCUUCAACAGUCACGACACGAGCACAAAGGUUACGCUAA